GGAUAUAAUUCCACCUGAAUCUGAUUUUUAUUGUGAUAUGAUGCAUGUUGUUCCUUGCUCCACAUUUCUGAACCUGCCACACGAUUUCACUGCUGCCGAUGUGUCCACUUCCACAAUCUCUAGUGAGUCCGAUGGGGUAGAAGUUAGAGAGCUUAAUUCAGAGAAAACGCUCUUGGAUAUUUAUUCUGGUUGUGGCGGAAUGUCCAUAGGACUAUGUUUAGGAGCAAAUAGUUGCAAUGUUAAUUUGGUUACAAAAUGGGCUGUUGAUAUGAAUGGACCUGCAUGUGAUAGCUUAAGACUAAACCACCCAGAGACAAAUGUGAUGAAUGUGCCAGCUGAUACAUUUUUGGCCCUUUUAAAAGAAUGGCAGCAGCUUUGUGCCUCUUGUAUGUUGAUAACAAUCAACUGCUCCCCUCACCCUAAUUUGGAUAUGUCAACAAGUGAUGAGGAAGAAGAAGAGAGCAAUGAUGAUGAUGAUGAUGAUGAUGAUAAUGGAGCCUCAGCAGAGCAUAGUACGGUGUAUGUUAAGCUGGUUACGGGAACCGCCAUAGCGUGGUCGCUGUCGCACAUUGGGUUAGACUUAAUUGAGUCUCGGUCAAAUGGAUGGAUGACUCAGAGGCAAAGCGUACGGAACCUUCAUCAUGAGUUCCUUCUGCUCGGGAGUAGAAGGACUCUGGCUCUUGGAAAGAACCGUGCCAGGUGUCAUAGGUAAAGAUCCUUUCUUUGAGUUAGACAUGCUAAAUCGAUCAAGGAUUUUAUCUAUAUAUGUACUUUGAUUCAAACCUAUUAACUUUCUUGAGAAGUUCUCGCUCAACCACGUCUUUACAGAAGCUUUUCUCCAUUGCCGUCUAUGAGGGUGAGAAAGAGAAAUUUCUCCAUUGAGGAUAUUUUCUUGGUGUUUUUCUCAGACAGUGAACUUGAAAACUUUCUUAUUUUGAGAGUUGUUUGUGAUGGAAAUGGAUUGGCAUAUCUUGAUUUAAAUAGGGGAGGAGGAGGUUCACGGGUUCCAUUAAGUGGGUAGUUGGAACGGUGAGAGUAAAGGAGUUUCAACUUC